UUCUUCACAACAAGAAUAAUUAAUCAAGAUUAUUUUAUUUAGGUAAAAAAAAAAGAUUGUCUCAGGUUUUAGUUUGUUCUUUUGACUUUCAUCGUCUCCGAUCUUCUCUCACCUAACGAUCUCCAGCUUCAACCCACCGCCAAGAGCCGCCUUUGGGGAUUGAUAAUCAAUCUCAAUCGAUCAGUUCAUCGCAGAGCGCAUCUUUUCUCAGACGAACUUAGGAAAUGGUUAAAAGGCAUGGAGAGAUUUGAUUUGGUUAAGAUAUCAUGGCGCAGUGCAUAGACGGUUUCAAGCACUUGUGCACCUCUGUUUUAGGGUGUUUUGAUCUUGAUUUGUAUAAACAACCUGGUGGUCUUGGAGACCCUGAGUUACUUGCGAGAGAUACUGUUUUUAGUGUGAGUGAAAUAGAAGCUCUUUAUGAGCUGUUUAAGAAAAUCAGCAGUGCUGUGAUCGAUGAUGGGCUGAUAAACAAGGAAGAGUUUCAGUUGGCUUUGUUUAAGACAAAUAAAAAAGAGAGCUUGUUUGCAGAUCGGGUUUUUGAUUUGUUUGAUACAAAACACAAUGGAAUACUUGGUUUUGAAGAGUUUGCUCGUGCCCUCUCUGUCUUUCACCCAAACGCGCCCAUAGAUGACAAAAUCCACUUUUCAUUUCAACUAUAUGAUCUUAAACAACAAGGGUUCAUUGAACGGCAAGAGGUGAAACAAAUGGUUGUCGCUACCCUUGCUGAAUCUGGGAUGAACUUGAAGGAUAAUGUCAUUGAGGAUAUAAUCGACAAGACGUUUGAGGAAGCAGACACAAAGCAUGAUGGCAAAAUCGAUAAGGAAGAGUGGAGAAGCCUUGUCCUUAGACACCCCAGCCUUCUCAAAAACAUGACUCUUCAGUAUCUCAAGGAUAUCACGACUACGUUUCCAAGCUUUGUGUUCCAUUCUCAGGUUGAAGACACCUGAAGAUUAAAAAAGGCAAGCAGCAAGACUUUAUGGUUUCUUUUGUUCAUUUGUUUCAUUGAUCUUUUUUUGUGAAACAAUAAACAAAAUUCAUUUUGUUUCUCUAAACACCUAUGUUUUAUUGAGCUUUUUUUGUUUGUGAAGCAAACUUCAUUUCGAUUUCGCCAUAUUUGAUCAGGCCUAUUUGUAGAUACAACUUUUGCAUCGUGAUAUGAUUUAUAAAGUUGUGAUGUUUA